AUGGCCAUGAAAGAAUGGAUCACAAAUCACCGGAAUAAGGGCUUUGCAGUCUCUACAAAAAUGAUAAUAUAUGAAGCCAAAUGCAUUGCUGAAGAGAAAGGCAUUCACGAUUUUACUGGAUCACCACCGUGGAGCUACAGAUUGAUGAAGCGAUGUGGCCUUGCUAUGCGCACCAAAACUAGAAUUGCACCAAAAAUGCCAGAAGAAUAUGAAUCUAAGAUUCUGUCUUUUCAUAAAUUGGUAAUUGAUGCUAGGAAGAGAAAUGGGUUUGAAAUUCGCCAGAUUGGGAAUAUGGAUGGAGUCCCGCUAACUUUUGAUGUGCCAUCUAAUAGGACUGUUGAUCUGAAAGGUGCCAAAACUAUUGCCAUGAAAACCUCCGGACAUGAGAAAACCCAUUAUAUGGUUGUGUUGUCUAGCUGUGCAGACAGCACCAAAUUGCCACCCAUGUUAAUUUUCAAAAGGAAAACAUUCCCAAAAGAAGAGAUUCCAAGAGGAGUUGUUGUACAUGUUCAUGAGAAAGGAUGGAUGGACAAAAAUGGAAUGAGAGUAUGGGUUGAAAAAGUGUGGUCCAAACGUCCUGGAGGGCUUUUGAAAAAACCUGCCUUAUUAGUACUGGACUAG